ACCCCAUUUCGAAUCCGUCAUCAUGGUGUCCGUUCCAGAGAAAGCAGCCAACGACGAGAAAGACCACAACCUCAAUGCCACAAGCCACCGUAAUAGCUUCGAGAAAGCUAACUUCGCCAUGACGAUACCUGACGCGAUUCAUGUCGAGGUCGUGACGGGCGAUGCAGGCGAACACGACUCCAUCGAAGAGCUGCCGACAGGCUGGUUUACGUGGCUAGUAGCACUUUCCGCCUCUAUAGGUGGUAGUCUGUUUGGCUACGACACUGGCAUCAUUUCGGCCGUGCUGGUCUACUUGAACAACGAUCUGAACAACCGGCCCGUCACUUCCAACGAGAAAGAGCUCAUCACGUCUUUGUGCUCAGGCGGAGCAUUCAUUGGCGCAAUUAUUGCUGGCCUGACCGCUGAUCAAUACGGCAGAAAAGGUGCUAUCUAUGUCGGCUGCGUUCUGUUCAUCGUUGGCGCGGUACUGCAAGCCUCUGCAUACUCGAUUGCUCAGAUGGCCGUUGGACGUCUUGUGGUCGGCUUCGGAGUCGGCAGCGCUGCCAUGGUUGUGCCGUUGUAUAUCGCCGAAUUGUCACCAAUGAAGGUCCGUGGUAAAUUGAUCGGCCUGAACAACAUGUCUAUCACAGGCGGACAGGUACUUUCUUACGGUGUAGGAGCAGGGUUUGCACACGUCUCUCAUGAAUCACCCCGUCAACUGAUUUACCAUGGCAAGUAUGAAGAAGCAACGACAGUGAUUCGUAAAAUCUAUACUGGAGCCUCGGAGCAGCAGAUCCGGGAUAAAGUCAAUCUGAUUCGUGUUUCCUGCGAGGAGAUGAAGGAAUUGAACGAGGGAGACACCAGAUGGAACAAAAUAAAACGUCUGCAUACCGAUCCCGCCAACUUUCGUGCACUACUUUCUGCUUGUGGACUUAUGGUAAUAUCGCAAAUGUCCGGCUUUAACACUCUGAUGUAUUAUUCUUCAACACUGUUCGCGCUCGUAGGAUUCUCUAACCCCGUCGCCGUGGGACUUGUCGUGUCGGGCACGAACUUUAUCAUGGUACGUAGCGUCUUUCAUGCCAUAGGUGACCCUCGAUUUGCUAAUCUCUACUCANNGACAUGGGUCAAUAUGAUGCUCGUAGAUCCUGUGGGGAGACGCAAGAUCUUGAUCUGUACCGUUUGGGGUAUGUCAGCCGGACUUAUUGCGGUCGCAAUUGCUUUCAGCUUCAUCCCCGUCGAUUUGCAUACUCUCGAACUCGAAGUCGAAGGUGUCACAACCCCUGCAAUUGUUGUGCUCGUUUUUAUCAUCUGGUUCGUAUUCUUCUACGGUGUAUCUGUCGGUAACACCGCCUGGAUGAGCACCGACUUCUUUCCGAUGGACGUUCGUGCUAUAGUAGGCACAAUGUGGCUGACCUGCGCCAACUGGGGUCCUAACAUAAUUGUCUCGAGCACUUUUCUAUCUAUGAUGAAAUCUUUGACCCCAUCUGGCGCUNNUUUUGGAUUUUACGCCGCCUGUUGCGGCAUUGGUUGGAUAUUGAUCAUCUUUUUUUACCCCGAAGUGAGCGGUUUGACCUUAGAGGAGACAGCCGAGGUCUUCCAACAUGGAUUUGGUGUCAAGUAUGCACAAAGGCUCCGAGCUUCGAAAAAGGACGAGAUCAAAGCAAGAAUUGCACAGAGGAAAGCCGAGGGUAUUGUUAUGGCUGGGCAU